AUGAUGAUGACUGAAUGUUGCUUCUUUGUUUUUUGUUUUGCAGUUCCAGCUCCUAGCAGAUUUAAUAGGCGAGUAUCAGUCUGUGCUGAGUCCUACAACCCUGAUGAGGAAGAGGAAGAUACUGAUCCAAGGGUGAUUCAUCCCAAAACUGAUGAACAGAGAUGCAGACUUCAGGAAGCUUGCAAAGAUAUUCUCCUUUUUAAAAAUCUUGAUCAGGAACAGCUUUCUCAAGUCCUCGACGCCAUGUUUGAAAGGAUAGUGAAAGUUGAUGAGCAUGUCAUUGACCAAGGCGAUGAUGGAGACAACUUUUAUGUUAUAGAGAGGGGAACCUAUGACAUUUUAGUAACAAAAGAUAAUCAAACUCGAUCUGUUGGUCAGUAUGACAACCGUGGAAGUUUUGGAGAACUAGCUCUGAUGUACAAUACCCCAAGAGCUGCUACCAUCAUUGCCACUUCAGAAGGCUCCCUUUGGGGACUGGAUCGGGUGACUUUUAGAAGAAUCAUAGUGAAAAACAAUGCCAAAAAGAGGAAGAUGUUUGAAGCAUUUAUCGAAUCUGUGCCUCUCCUAAAAUCAUUAGAGGUGUCAGAACGAAUGAAGAUUGUGGAUGUAAUAGGAGAGAAGAUUUAUAAGGAUGGAGAGCGCAUCAUCGCUCAGGGUGACAAGGCUGAUAGCUUUUACAUCAUCGAGUCCGGUGAAGUGAGCAUCUUGAUUAAAAGCAAGACUAAAGCAAACAAGGAUGGGGGGAACCAGGAGGUCGAAAUCGCCCGCUGUCAUAAGGGGCAAUACUUUGGAGAGCUGGCGUUGGUCACCAACAAGCCCAGAGCUGCUUCAGCAUAUGCAGUGGGAGAUGUCAAAUGCUUAGUUAUGGAUGUGCAAGCGUUUGAGAGGCUGCUGGGACCCUGCAUGGACAUCAUGAAGAGAAACAUCUCCCACUAUGAGGAACAGCUGGUGAAGAUGUUCGGUUCCAGCAUGGAUCUGAACGACCCCAUGCAGUAGAUGUGCCACACCCCAGAGCCUUCUCAGCGUGACAUCAAACCUCCGGUCAGCCACAGAACACAUACAGAAACCGACAUGACAGAAUCGUCCCUGCUAUUGCUGCCACUGCUGCCUUGCUGUGGCCCUGGGCAUAUAGAAGACUUGAGAGUCAGCACUAAAAGAUGAGCAGAGGGCCACCCCACACCUCCACUUUGCUUGUGAAAGUCCAUUAUUAUUAGACGAUUUGUAAUGAUUGCUCCAACCCUAUGUUCACAUCUUUGGUUCAGAAUGGCAUGUCUCUCCAACAAUUUAAGUGCCUGAUACAAAGUCCAAAGUGUAAACACCCUCCCGCCCCUCUCUCACUGCUGCCGUUGCUUUUGGAAGUUAACAUGAGGUUUGCAGAUGCCUGUGGUGCAGCUGCACACCCCUCCCCCAACCUUGCUCAAGGGAGGAAGGUAGUAGCCUCGGAUCCCCUCACUCGUCCUCUGAGAAAGUCCAUGUUUGUUCACAGUUGUAGCCUUUGAUUUUACAAUAGAACAUGGCACCAAAUGUGAUGGGGGCCUGUGGUCCUGUGGCCUUGUAACUGAUCUCCACAUGAUCACUCCACACCCACAUGAUAACGUAGGGAGAGGCCCUGCCCAAGGCCCAGCAGGUCAGCACCCCAGAGCAAAGUGACCCAGCAGUGGGACCCACAUCAGAGCAAAAAAUAGGGGUGGUUUACAGAACAUUCUACAGGUAGCAGAGAGCCAGGAAAGGUUUUCUGGGUUGGAUAUCUUGAUUUUGUUUUUUUAGUAAAUUUUGUUUUGUAUUUUUUUUUUUUUUAAAGAAAAAAACCACCCUCUGCAGUUUGCAUGAAUUCAUUGCUGUCCAUUUCUAAGGAGCCAGGGUCAGGUGAUGCCAUCACUUUCUUGGGCAACUGCUGGCACCUCUUGCUUCCAGUUGCCCGUACCAGCUAAAUGGCAGUAGGCUAGCAGCAAGUUGUGGACAAAAAGAGCCCUUUCCUUCGACUCCAGAGCCUUGUUUUGUACUGUUGUAUUGUUUAGCUGUUGAACCAUCAAUUUUUAACUCUCUAGAGAGAAAGAUACUAUUUUUUUGAAAUUAAAAAAAGAAUUUCUCUAAUUAGGGAAUUCCCCUGGGACAUAUUCAUAUAUGUGGAGUUUGUCAACCAACUCAGCAUUCAUCUUAAAGAGCAACUCUCUCUGUUAGUUUUCAAAAAGUGGCAUCAUUUACAAUUUCAUAGAAUUACUCUGAGGAUUUUUAUAAUUGAAAUGUUGGGAUAUUUGGGGUUCCAGUUGUUAGUUCCAGAGAAAGGUAGUUUAGCUUGUAUUUAAAAAUUUUUAAACUUUUUAUUUAUACCAGGUAGACUUCUGGUGCAUUGUCUUCAUUAAGUAGCUAUAUUUCAGAAUGAACGAUUUUGGCUCUUUUCUUCAGAUGCUACAAGAGCAGGGUGACAUUUGCAUAAAGAUACAUUUGGAUGUUAUGGCCAACUUUAUAAAAAAUCAAGAGGCCUUUUCCAAUGUGAUUUUAAAAAAAACAAAAUGAAAAACCUUGUAUAAUUCAAUAAAUCCCUAAGAGACUACCUACUGGGGCUUGAGUCAUUCUGUUGUAGAUCAUGUCAGAACCCACAUGGUCACCUUCCAGAAUCCACAUCAGCUCGGUGCUCUGCCUCUACCACGAGCACAUGGCUGAAAGAGAUAUAGGGUGGCAAACCCACCCAGCCUUGGUACUUACCCCUUGGGUGUGUGCUCUGGGACAUGAGAGCAGAAGGGCCCUUUCUCGACUGCCCUAAGUAGCCCGCCCUGCAAUGUGAAUUGUAAAGGGCUGUGACAAAUAAUGGCUCCCACAGAGGCAGCUAGCACGGGACAGACUGUGUGGUAGUCACACGUUUCCCCAAGCUUCUUUUCUAUAGUGUCAUUUUAUUAUUCAGUAGAUCCAGAAAGAAAGUCUUGGGCUUUUAACAGCUAAGAGCCCCACUUACCUCUCUCAAAGGUACAUUGGGUUUGCAGAAUGACACUGAGGUCCAGCCCCAGACAGGGUGAGUGCCAAGCAGUUGCUCCUUGCAUACCGGCAAUAGUUUGGGCAGCUGUGAACUCUGGGCCAGGGGUGUCACUCCAGCAGGCUGCUAGGGGUGAGCCUUUUUGUUCCACCCUCUCACGUCCCAGUUUCUCCCUCACAGAGCCUUCCUGAAGACCUAGCCUCACUGAUGGCUGCUGCUGUUCAGAGUUGUCGGCUUUGUGUCUUCCUGCUCUAAUUAUAGAUUGACCUAUGGAUCAGCAGUCCAAACCCUUACUGCAUACCGGACCCCCAGGGAGUCUCGCUUGAGAAAGGGAGACUUUAGAGGGACCUUCGUGAGUGAAACAGGAUUUCCAGGAGCCUGACCAAGUUCAUCUCAGCUGUUGAACCUCACAGAGAGAAGUGUGUGCUAGGGAACAGAUUAAUUGUUUUGUAUAUUCUGUCAGCCAGAACAUAAUUGUUUCUAUGUUCUCUGUGGGUUAAAACUUCCUGCCCUCUUUGCUGGCGUUGCUGUUGAUUUUGGGAUGGUGGAGAAUGUUCCCGAGAACCUUGAGGUGCAGCCGCCCAGUUUGUCCUUCCCACUGGCCCUGAGCUGUCCCGCCCCCUCUCUCCUCUUCGUUGUAUUCUCUGAAGGACGGUUCUUUGUGCUUUUAUCCUCGUAACCAGUAGUCCUGUGAUAGAUCACUGUGUUACAUAGUGCUGUUAGGGAUUCUCCAAGUUUGUAUUUGAGCAAACUCAGCACCAAAGUGGGCAAGCCUGGAGAGGCCCUGCCCAUGCUCAAACUGGCCUGCUUAUCUGCUCACAGCAGUGGAUGUUGGUGAAAGGUGGGCCCACAGCAUUUCCCCAUCGUGGUACACGGUACAAACAACCCUCUGUCAUGGAAAGAAACAGUGGAAGAGCAGACUUGCACAGAGAACAAGGAAAAAGAUCUCUUGAAUGGCAUCUUUUGAUCUUCUGUUUUCAAUUGGCUGAUGCUGAGAAGUCGUUUUCAACAUGCACUUGUAACCCAGUCUUGCCAAGAUACAAGUUGUUUUUGUUCUUGAUUACAAUUACCUCUUGUUCUUCCUGUCUUGACUGCUGAGGUUCCUCAGUGAUUCUAAUGUCUAUUUUAUGGGAAGCAACCUCUCCACGCGUUUCCCUUUACACGCUACAGGGCUAUCUUUAUACUUAAACACACACACACACACACACACACACACACAAAGAAAAUUUAAAUUAAAAAAUAAAAGCAAGAAAAUGGUCACUAACUUUAUGGGGGACUUGCAAAAAAUCAUUUAGCACACCUUGAACAAAAAAAAGGUGGAUUUCUCAUUGUUUUCUGAAGCUCAUUGUCAUAAUCUGAUUCAACAUCAUUGUGCUACCUCAAAGACAAAAAGUGUUUUAAGGUCUGUUUUGGUCCUGAGCGCUACGCAUAGUGUUUGAAAUGUCUUUCAAUUGGAGUUAUUUUUUAAAUCAUCGGGGAGAAUCUUAUUUUAACCUGUUUUACAUUUGUAUUUUAAUCUCAGAAGAAAACGUGAUUGGAAAGUGAUCAAUUCUUGCUCUGUAGUAUUGGACAUAUAAUUAAAGUCAUUAAGAUUUGAA